AUCAACUUAUCAAGUGGCACUCACUCAGUCACUCUUACAUCUCAUUUCUGAUAUUUGUUGCUCGCUUUUCAUGGCUGCCAAGAGGAGCCGAGGAAAUUCUGCUUCUUCCUUCUCCCAUCAAUGGAAGCACGGGGCCUUCUUGAGCUUCAGAGGUGAAGAUUCCGGCAAGAACUUCACUGAUCAACUUCACACGGCUUUGGUCCAAGCUGGGAUCCAAACCAUUAGAGAUGAUGACGAACUCAAGAGAAAAUCAAAGGGUAUGAAGUCAGGCAUGAUGAAAGCAAUAGAACAAUCAAGGGUUUCCAUUGUCGUCUUCUCCACCAACUAUGCUUCUUCAAGUUGGUGCCUUGAUGAGCUGGUGAAGAUGAUGGAUUGCAGGAAAAAAAUGGGUCGGACUAUUCUUCCUGUUUUCUAUGAUGUGGAUCCUUCUCAUGUUAGGAAACAGAGUGGGAACUUAGCAGAGGCAUUUGCCAGACACGAAGAGUGUUUCAAGGAGGAUAUGGAUGGAGUGGAUAAUUGGAGGAGAGCUCUUGCAGAAGUGGGAAAUUUGUCUGGUUGGCAUCUUCAAAAUGUACUCAAAGAGCAUGAAUCAAGGUUUAUUGAAACAAUUGUUGAAGAGGUAUCAAUGAAAGUGAAACAAAUGCACAUGGAUAUUCCUAUCUACAGAGUCGGAAUAGAUCCCCGCAUAGAAUCAUUGAAUUUAUUGUUGAAUGCCGGUUCAAAUGAUGUUCGUAUAAUAGGAAUAUGGGGUAUUGGUGGCAUAGGUAAAACAACAAUUGCCAAGGCCAUCUAUAAUCUCAUUUUUCGUAGAUUCGAAGGUAGUAGUUUUCUUGCAAAUGUUCGAGAGAUUUCAAAACAUCAUGAUGGAUUGAUUCACCUACAAGAAAACCUUUUCUCCGACAUCCUGCAUAAACAAAGCUUCAAGAUAUCAAGUGUUGAUAGAGGAAUCUGUAUGAUCAAACAAAGACUCAGUUGUAAAAUGGUUCUUAUUGUUCUAGACGAUGUGAACGAAUCAAACCAAAUCAAUGCUUUGGUAAGAGAGCGUGCUUGGUUUGGUCCAGGAAGUAGAAUUAUCAUAACGACUAGGGAUGAACAUUUGCUAAAUGAGCUUGAAGUGGAUGAAAUAUAUAAGGUUCCAGCAUUGGAUAGGAAGGAAUCUAUCCAACUCUUUAGUUGGCAUGCAUUUGGAAUGGACCAUCCCCUAAAAGAGUAUGCAACACAUGCAAAUGGUAUAGUAGAAUAUCUCGGUGGACUUCCAUUAGCUCUUGAGGUCUUGGGUUCCUUUUUGUUUGACAAAAGAAGUAAACGUGAAUGGGAAAGUGUGCUGCAGAAGUUAAAAAGGAUUCCCGAGGAUCGAGUUAUGGAAAAACUGAGAAUAAGUUUUGAUGGACUAGAUGAUCAAGAAGAGAAAGAAAUAUUUCUUGACAUUGCAUGUUUCUUUAUUGGAAUGGAUAGAGGCUAUGUGCAAAAAAUCUUAGAUGGUUGUGGACUCUUCUCAGAAAUUGGAAUCACUGUUCUCAAUCAAAGAUCACUUAUAAUAAUUAAAGAAAAUAAUCAAUUGACGAUGCAUGAUCUUCUUCGAGACUUGGGAAGAGAAAUUGUCCGUGGAGAAUCUGAGGAUCCUGGGAAGCGUAGUAGAUUGUGGUUCCACGAGGAUGUUCGUGAUGUAUUGAAAGAACAAAAGGGAACAGAAACGAUUGAGGGCCUUGUCAUAGACAAUCUACCAAGAGUAAUGGAUGGAUGCUUGACUACCCAAGCAUUUGGAAAUAUGCACAAACUAAGAUUUCUCAAGUUCAAUUAUACACAUCUCAGGGGUGGGUAUGAACUUCUUUCUAAGGAGUUAAGAUGGCUCUGUUGGCAUGGAUUUCCUUUUAAAAAUAUUCCAAGCAAUUUUCAUCUAGGGAAGCUUGUUGCCCUUGACAUGCAAUAUAGUAGCAUUAGACAAGUUUGGGAGGAAUUCAAGGUGCUUGAAAAUUUGAAAUUCCUUAAUCUCAGUCACUGUCAUAACUUAACUAAAACCCCCAACUUCUCAGGACUCCUUAAUCUUGAGUCAUUGGUACUUGAAUGGUGUACUAAUUUGGUUGAAGUUCACCAAUCCAUUGGACUUCUUGACAAACUUGUUUUCUUGAAUUUGAAAAAUUGUAGAAAGCUGAAGAAUCUUCCAAACAGCAUCUGUAAUUUGAGAUCUCUGGAAAAUCUUAUUCUCUCUGGUUGCUCAAAUCUUGGUAAUUUUCCAUCUAAAUCAUGGCAUUCAUUCUUCUGGUCUUGUGUUCCACUAAGAAGAAAAAAUGGUCCCAGCACUUUGGUACCAGCUUCUUUCUCUGGUUUGUGUUCCUUAAAAAGCCUGAGUCUCGGAUGUUGUAAUCUAUCAGAAGAUGCAAUUCCAAGUGAUCUUGGGAGCUUAUCCACUUUACAGGAGCUAGAUCUAAGUGGGAACAAAUUCAAUAACCUACCAUCAAGCAUAAGUCAACUUCAUCAACUCCAACUUCUUUCAUUGAAUGACUGUGCAAGGCUGCAGUCACUUCCAGAUCUUCCCUCAAGCUUAAAGAUCCUGUGUGCGAAAGGUACAUCAAUGGAAAGCUUACCAAAUUUAGAGGAAUUGCCCCUGCUAAAAAAAUUGGAACUAGGCAAUAACAACUUCUGUAGUCUCCCUUCUAGCAUCAGUCGUCUUUCUCAACUUCGAAUGCUUGAUUUGGAAAAUUGCACACGGCUACAGUCACUUCCAGAGCUUCCAUCAAGUUUAGGAUACUUGCUUGCUAGUGGUUGCACUUCGAUGGAAAGGAUACCAAAUCUUGGUAACCUGACAUCAUUGGGAGAGUUGGAUUUGGAUCACAGCAAUAUCUAUAGCUUACCAGACAGCAUCAGACUCCUUACUCAACUCGAGAGUCUUAGUUUGGCAUAUUGCACACAACUUCAAUCACUGCCAAAGCUACCAUCAAAUUUACAGAGAUUGCAUUUAGAGGGUUGCCCAUCGACCCUGCAUUUUGAUGGUGACAAGCCAAUUGAUGUUCAAUGUAUGGGAGGAAUGGAAGCUAUGGAGGGUAUUCAGUUGGAAGCAAGCAACAACCUUGAAAGUACUGAUACCAUAAGCCUCUUGCAGGGACAUUUUGGUGAGUUUGGCAUCUUUCUUACUGGGAGUGAGAUUCCACAAUGGUUCAGCUAUCAGAGCAUGGGAUCUUCUGUAACUUUUGAGGUGCCCUCACUUUUGGAUUGUAUGAUCAAAGGGUUAACUGUCUGCGUAGUUUUUGCUGCUGAAGAAGAAGAUAAUGAGAUCAUGACUUCUCUGGUAAUGUCUGUUCAUGAUGAAGCCAGUGGUCUUUGUUGGCAAAAAAAUUUAGCAAGCCAUUCAUUUCAAAUAACCCAUCAAGAUCAGAUUUGGGUAGGCUACAUUACACAUACUGAGUUUGGUUAUCCUAUGGAAACUGGAGAUAAACUGGAGGUUUCAUUAAAAAUAUCAGACAGAAUCCAGGUGAAGAAGUGUGGGGUUCAUUUGGUAUACCAACUAAAUGAGGAGGGUACUGGUUCAGAAGAUACCACAGAUACUGAAUGUGCCUCUUCUACAUAUGAUGAUACUGAAUGCAUCUCUUCAUCAUAUUCUCUGGUUCAGGUUGUAAGAGUCUGGAUUAGCAACAUGUUAAAUUUGGUGUUUCAUCUCAACUUUUAUGCUCUUAAAGUGAAAUGUCUGGUUUGGGUAUACCCACAAAAAAAAAAAGCAAGAGAAAAAAUUAGCUGGGUUGUAUUCAGGCUCCCACCAAGUCGGUGUGACACCGUAGUUGGUGUCUCUUUGGAGUGGACGCAGAUACGAAAUACUAGCAGAAGUCAUCUACCACUCCAUGGAAACAGCCUCUUGACCUCGAAUUCGCUUAGUCGGAGCAGAUCCCACACCUGUAAGAUCCUUCAUCACCAGUCACAGAUCCCACAAACAGGAUCCCCCAUGGCAACAAGUACCAAGCGGAUCCAAGGAGGUUUUUGUUCCUCCUCUUACACCCGUUGGUGGAAGAAUGAUGUCUUCUUGAGCUUCACAAGUGAGGAUUCAAGCAAUAACUUCACCCACCAACUCCACACAGCUCUAUUCCAAGCUGGGAUCCACACCAUUAGAUACCACAAGGAACUACUCCUUGGAAAACAGGGUAUAAGUUCAGAAACACUGAAAGCCAUUGAAGAAUCGAGGGUUUCCAUAAUCAUCUUCUCCACCAACUAUGCUUCUUCAACUCGGUGCCUUGAUGAGCUUGUGAAGAUGAUGGAUUGCAGGAGAAAGAAAAACCAAACUGUUUUUCCUGUUUUCUAUUAUGUGGAUCCGUCUGAUGUUCGAAACCAGAGAGGUAGCUUAGCGGAGGCGUUUACCAAACAUGAAGAGUGUUUCAAGGAGGAGAUGGAGAAGGUGGAGAAUUGGAGGAGAGCUCUCACUGAAGCCGGGGAUUUGUCUGGCUGGCAUAUCAAAGAAGUUGCUAUUGGGGAUGAAUCAAAGUUUAUAAAUGCAAUUGUUGUUGAGGUUUCAAUUAAAGUGACUCGGGUACAUUUGAAUGUUGCAAAAUAUGCAGUUGGAAUAGAAUCCCGUUUAAAAGGUAUGAAGUAUUUCUUAAGUGAUGGAUUAGAUGUGCGCAUUGUCGGUAUCCAUGGUAUGGGCGGAAUCGGUAAGACGACCAUUGCUAGAGCCAUUUUUAACCUCAUCUCUCACAAAUUUGAUGGUAGUUGUUUUCUUGCAAAUGUUGGAGAAGUGUCGAAGGAACCAAAUGGUCUUACUCGUCUACAAGAGCAACUUCUAUCUGAUGUUCUGAAAAAAAACUUACCAAUAAGAUACAUUGAUAGAGGAAUCAUUGUGAUCCAACAAAGACUUCGUUGUAAAAAGGUGCUUCUUAUUUUAGAUGAUGUGGAUGAAGCAAACCAACUAUAUGCAUUAGCUGGAAAGCACAAUUGGUUUGGGAAGGGAAGUAGAAUCAUGAUAACAACUAGAGAUGAGCAUUUGCUAAAUAUGAUUGAAGUGGAUGAAAAAUAUAAAGCUAAAGAAAUGGAUCAUCAAGAAUCUCUUCAGCUCUUCAGUUGGCAUGCCUUUGAGCAAGAUCAUCCUAUAGUGGAUUAUGUACAGCUUUCAAAUGAAAUAAUAUCUUGUGCAGAUGGACUUCCAUUAGCUCUUGAGGUUUGGGGUUCCUUUCUGUCUGACAAAAGAAGCAUACCCAAGUGGCAAAGUACUUUGGAGAAACUAAAAGAAAUGCAUGAUAGUUCAAUUCAAGAAAAGCUUAAAAUAAGUUAUGAUGCACUUGAUGAUUCGCAGAAGAAUUUAUUCCUUGACAUAGCAUGCUUUUUUGUAGGCAUGAACAGAGAUUAUGCGACUAGAAUAUUAGAAUCUUGUGGUUUGUUCCCAAAUAUCGAUAUCGGUGUUCUCAUGCGUAAGUCCCUUGUAAGAAUCGAUGCAAGUAACCAAUUAAGAAUGCAUGAUUUGCUUCGAGCUAUGGGAAGGGAAAUUGUUCGCCAAGAAUCGCCACAGAAUCCUGGAGAACGUAGUAGACUGUGGUCCUACGAUGAUGUAUGUGAUGUAUUUACAAAACAGAUGGGAACGGAAGCAAUUAUAGGUCUUGCAAUAAAUUCUGCAAGACUAAAGCGGUUGCAGAUAAGUACUGAAGCAUUUGAAAAGAUGCCCAGAUUAGAAUUGCUCCAGGUCAAUUAUUUAAACCUCUCUGAACAUCUUUUUGAGAAAUUUUUACCAUUUUCAAGAGGAAAUAAUCUUUUUGGAAAGCUAAGAUGGCUCUGUUGGCAUGGAUUCCCCUUGAAAUAUAUGCCAACUAAUUUUAAUCUGGAGAAGGUUGUUAUUCUUGACCUACAACACAGCAACAUCAGACAAGUUUGGAAGAGAACCAAGUUUCUUAAGAAUUUGGGGAUCCUUAACCUCAGUCAUUGCCUCUACCUAAUUACCACCCCAGAUUUCGUCGGACUCCCGAAUCUUGAGAGACUAGUACUCGAAGGUUGUACAAGGUUGUGUGAGGUUCACCAAUCAAUUGAUUGUCUUGACAAACUAGUUUUCUUGAAUCUGAAAGAUUGCAAAAGCCUUCACAACCUUCCAAGCGGCAUAAGUAAACUCAGAUCUGUUGAAAAUCUUAUUAUCUCUGGUUGCUCAAAGCUUGAAAAUUUACCAGAGAGAUUGGGGGACAUGGAAUGCUUAAAGGAGCUUCUUGCAGAUGGAACAGCUAUUAAACAAUUCCCCUCUUCGUUUCAUCUUCUGAAGAGCCUUAGAGUAUUUUCUUUGUGUGGAUAUAAGGGAACAUCAUCAGAAUAUUGGCAUUCAUAUUUAUUGUCUUUGGGAUUACGAAGAAAAUUUCGAAGCUCCAGUUCUCCUCUAGCAGCUUCUUUCUCAGGUUUAUGCUCGUUGAAGCGCCUUUUUCUUCGAGAUUGCAGUUUGUCAGAUGGUGCAAUUCCGAAUGAUAUUGGGAGCUUAUGCUCAUUGGAAGAGUUGGAUCUGUCCUACAACAAUUUUAAUAGCUUGCCAACCAGCAUUCGUUGCCUUCCCCGAGUUCAGAUCCUUUCUUUAGGAAAUUGCGAAAAACUUCAAUCACUACCAGAGCUUCCAUCAACUUUGAAGAACCUAUCUGCAAACAAUUGCACAUCAAUUGAAGAAUUAUCCAAUCUUGAGAAAAUAUCCUCAUUGGAAUGGUUGGAUCUCGGUCAGAACAAUUUCUGUUGCAUACCAACUAAUAUCAAUCACCUUUCGGGGCUGAAGUUUCUUAUGUUGAGUAAUAACAAAAUGCUCCAAUCACUCCCCGAUAUGCCAUCCUCUAUAAACGGAUUGCAUGUAGAUGGUUGCAGUUCUUUGGAAACAGUAAGGAAUCUGUCAAACUUAAAGAACUUGCAGUCCUUAACACUUAAUAAUUGCAAGAAGCUGGUUGAAAUUGAAGGCUUAGAACGGUUGAAGACUCUUCCAACCAUUCAAAUGGAGAAGUGCAAUAAUUUAGCAAAUUCCUUCAAGAGUAGUGUUUUUCAGGGAGUGGAUGAACGUGGUUCGUUUGAUAUCUUUCUUCCAGGGAGUGAGAUUCCAGAGUGGUUUCACCAUCAAAAUGUGGGUCGUUCAAUAUCGUUUCAUGUUCCUCCGCUACUGUUGGGUGAUGAGAUUCAAGGGCUGAUUAUAUGUGCUGUUUAUGCAGCCAAUGAAGAAUCCAAUGUGUCUACAAGUGGUCCUAAAGCUAAUGUUCAUGAUAAAACCAAAGGCCUUAAGUGGGUCUACCCAUCAAAGGUCAGUGGCAUUGCAAUUACAAGUCAAGAUCACAUAUGGGUGAGCAAUAUUCCACAUAUUGUGUUUGAGAAUCAGUUAGAGAGCAAUGACAGAGUCAUUGUUUCAGUAGACAUAGGGACACCAGUCAAGAUAAAGAAGUGUGGAAUCCAUUUGGUUUAUGCAUCUCCUGAGAAGGCUGCCAAAUCAUACUACCAAUCAAUUUGUUACAAUUUUGGGCAGCUUAGAAAUUUUAAGGGAAAUGUUUUUUGAGACAGAUUUUAGGUUGAGAUUAAUGAGUGCUUGUUGGCUCAUUCUUGCAAUUCAGAGGACUUGUUUCUUUCA